AAAAACAGCUGAGAUAUGUCAAAUGAUAAAAUUGGAUAGGUUGAAAGUUCAAUAAGUUGAUAUAGUUUUAUAAAAUAGGCGUUUCAAUAGUGAUUGUAUUGGAUUUAUCGUGAAUACUUUGGAAGAAACUCCAUUCUAUAACAUGAAAAUGAAAUUUUUCCCUUAUUUAAUAUGUUGCAAUGAUAUCCUUUGCCUAACUCAUCUUGUUGGAAAUACAUGUUAAGGCUGAAUACAAUUUGAAUUCUUUCGACGCAAUGUUUAUCAAACCGGAGGAGGUGCUAGUUGCUAAUGCCUUCUGGGAGACAGAAGAAUCAUCCUUAUAUUUUGUUCUCCAACAUAGAAAAGGUCAUGGAAACUCUAGAGGAUUAUCAGCAAUGCUUGUCGGAACCAUUGAUAGUAUAUUUGACACAAAACCAGCACCUUACAGAAUUCUUCAUCAGACUCCGUCGUCAGAAGUUUAUUAUAGUGGUGGUCUCCUGUGCAAUGACACAUAAAGAGAUUUUAGAGGACUGGCACUGGCUUUUCCAAAAUGUAUGUGAUACCCUGAGUUCAUUCGAAAAUGAAGAUGAAAUUACAGAUUUUGUGCAAUGUAAGAUUGAAUCUGUCAUAGCAUCCAGGCAAAAACCUAUCGAUAUUGAAGAUGAGGACACUAGGGAAUUUAAAGCAAAAUCAAACUGUUUCUUGAAAUUAUUCAAAUUACCUAAGGAUGAAAAACUGGUUAAUUAUUAUUCAUGCAGUUACUGGAAAGGUAAACUUCCCAGGCAAGGCUGGAUAUAUUUUUCCUUGAACUAUUGUUGUUUUCACUCAUAUAUUCUCGGCCAUCACACAAAGGAAAUUAUAAGGUGGUCAGAUGUUAAAGAAUUGAAAAAAAUUAAUAGCAUGUUGGCCCCAGAUUCCAUCAAAAUAGUAACUAGGGAUAAAGAAUACUAUUUUAACAUGUUUUUGAAAAAAGCUGAAACAUUUACUUUGAUGGAGCAGCUUGUUGAUCUUGCAAUGAAAAGGCUUAUUGAUGAUAAAAGAUCUUACAGUAGUGAUAAAGAUCUCUUGAAUAAAUUAAGUAAAAAUGUACCUAAGAAACCAUCAUUUCUCAAACGUGAUUUGGAUGCAAGGGCUCAAUCAGAAGCCUAUAGGCUACUGUUUAGGUUACCAUCUUCAGAAAAACUAGAUGGUUUAAUUGAUUGCACUCUGAUGACUCCGUACAAUAAAAGGCAUGUUACUGGCAGACUGUUUUUGUCUCAGAAUUACAUAUGCUUUGAGAGCAGGGCGAAGGCCUUAGUGAGCCUGGUAAUACCAUUGAGAGAAGUGAAACUAGCGGAAAAAAUAGAUAACAAUCAAAGCAACCAUUCCUUAGACCAAGCUAUCAUCAUAACCACAACUAACGAAAUUAACAAAACGAACUUUAUUUUUGCGCAAAUUUUAGAUAGAGAUUUUCUAGUAGAAAAGAUAUCAGAGUUGCUAUCCAAAACUUUCUCCAAGAGCCGAGAACCAAUCGGAUAUCGAAGAGAGAGUAGUGUGUCCACAAUAUCCUCAUCCUCCCCUGUUGAUACUUCAUGGAAAUGUCAGCCCGCUCUGAUGAAACUAUUUCCCCUAAAAAACAUUCCUUUAGUUGCCAAAAAACAGGAGGAAAUGGAGAAAGAAUGGGAGUUGCAUUUCAAUAAGUACGGUAGGGGGGUGUCGAUGUACAGAACGCACGAUGUUUACAAAUUGGUGUUGCAAGGAAUACCUGAUAAGCUCAAAAUGGACAUCUGGAUGACUUUCUCAGGUGCGGCAAACGAAAAGGCCACCUACCCCGGUUACUACAGGUCUCUAGUAGGCAAAGCUCAAAAACACGCUUCCACAGCAAACGAUGAAAUCGAGAGAGAUCUGCACAGGUCUCUGCCAGAACAUCCCGCAUUCCAGAAUAAAAUUGGAAUAGACACCCUGAGAAGGAUUUUAAGUGCGUACGCCUAUCAUAACCCGAUAAUAGGCUAUUGCCAAGCUAUGAAUAUUGUCGCAUCCGUCCUGUUAAUUUACUGCUCCGAGGAAGACGCGUUCUGGCUGUUGGCAACGCUGUGCGAGAAUCUGUUGCCAGAUUAUUAUAACACGAGGGUUAUAGGAGCAGUUGUUGAUCAGGGAAUCCUUGACGAACUAACCAAAGAGUACUUACCUGAAUUGCACGAUAAACUGAACGAAUUGGGGAUGAACAAUAUGAUCUCUUUAUCGUGGUUCCUGACAAUAUUCCUGUGUGUGAUGCCGUACGAGAGCGCUGUAAAUAUAAUGGAUUGCUUUUUUUACGACGGUUCGAAAGUGAUAUUUCAAAUAGCCCUGAAGUUGCUCGAGAUGAACCAGGAUCAGCUGUUCAAGUGCAGGGACGAGGGGGAGGCGAUGCAGCUCUUAUCCGAUUUUCUGAACGGGGUGUACAAUGAUGACGGUAGAGGAGCCAUUCGUAGCAAGAGUUACGACGAGCAGAAAAGGAGUAUUUCAGUACAAAAGUUGAUAUAUGAAGCAUACUCGAAGUACGCUAAUGUAACCACUGGUCAAAUCGAAUGUCUGAGACUGAAACAUAGAGUUAGGGUAGUGCAGGAAUUGGAGGAUACUUCCGAAAGAAAUGCUAUAAGAUACGUGAUAGGGGAUGGGUACUUCACAAAGACUGAGUUAGAGGAAUUACUUAGUUUAGUCCGAGAGGAGAUUAUUAGUCAGAAGAAAACAGUCCCGGAUAAAAGUGACCCAUUUCUACAACCGUACGAAGCAUAUAAAGUGGACUUCGAAUAUUUCAAAAUACUUUUUGCCACAUUCUCACCUUGGGGUAAGGGAGAAUUUUCAGAAUCCAUGUGUGCUAGAAUAUUCAGUCUGAUGGACGCAAACCACGACAGUUUUCUGGAUUUCCGCGAAUUGGUCGCCGCCAUCGGUCUGACGACGACUGCCGAUGCUGCGCAACGACUUAAACUACUUUACGCUAUACAUCUUCCGCCUCUUCUCAGCAUGGCGGACAUACAGUCGCCUGUUACCAACGAGUUUGGUGACGAGAUAGCUCCGGAAGCUACAGAAUUUUUUCAGAGCGUCGAGGAAAGCGUCACCUUGGACACCCUCAGUUUGAACUCAGACGAGGAUCCGGCCAGGACAUACAACUGGCAACGUUCAAGCGACUCUCAGCUGUCCACAGACUCCAACAACCAAAAAACCGACGACUUGAACUGGGAAACCAAAAGUCUUCUCAAUUUGAGGACGGUGGUCCAAUCCAAAGACGGUAAACUGAACCUAAAAUCGGUCCCCAAAAUGGGACAGCACCAUUUUAUAACCUUAUGGAAGAACGUGUUCGAGAUUGUCCAGUCUGAGUCGAAUAACGAGAAAAUGAUCCAAGCCGUUGGUGACGUUGGAAUCAUGCUCUUCAAAAUGGGCGAUGUGGGACGAAAAUUUUUCGUUUCCAGGGAUGACUCAGAUGAUAGUCUAUUGGCGGCAGCUUCUGUCCAUAGUUCUUCGGGAUUUGAAGACUUGAGUCCAGAUAAAAACGGAAAUCCAACAACACCCCAAAGCGAAAUUCAGUGGUACAUAACGGUGGAACAAUUCCUAGCUUCAGUAUUGAACUCCGAAUCUCUGUCCGAAUUUUUUUCAAAGAAAUACUCUAUAUCUGAGCAUGUGCAAAAAUUGAAAGGAAGGAGGUUCAAAUGAAUCUUCAAUAUACAGCUGUUAUGUAUUAUAUUCAAGUAAUCGAAAUAGUUGUUGCAUUUUUCAGUACCUAUAAUUUUACAUAAAAUCCCUGACAGAAUAUAUUUCAUGGGUCGACCAGCUUAUUUUAUUUUUAUAUUUUUAUGUGUACCUAUUGUUUGCACCCAAGAAAUCUUCAUAUUUGAGAUGAUGUAUUGAUAUUUGAAUUUGUAUAUUAUGAAUUUACCUUAAUAUAAAAUAUAACUAGUUUUA